GACAAAUUCGUUGGAAAGUGGGAACAGACAGCCACGGAGAACAUGGAAAACUAUCUGAAGGCCACAGGCGUUUCCGAACCUGAUGUCAAAAAAACGAUGGAAUUACUCGGUUCCGGUUUGCACGAGAUUAUCGAAGUUUCCGGAAAUGACGUCACCAUAACUGAAAGUGGCACCAUAUCCUCAGAUAAGCAAGUAAAGAAAGGCAUACUGGGACAGGAAGUGGACUUCACAUAUCACUCUGGGCAAACUUGCAAGUUGUUAUUCAGUUUGGAGGGCGAGAGUUUGGUGGAGACUGCAAAAGGUAAAUACAGCACAAAAGUUGUACGGAAGGUCGAUGGGAACACAAUGACACAUGUUAUGACAGCCGGUAUACUGACAGCAACGCGGACGUUUAAGAAGGUAUGACUGGGCAGAUGUGACCUAAAGAGGAUAACGUAUCAACAGCACCGGAAAUAGCGAAUCACUCUACUCUUGUUUUUCUUGAAGACAUGAACAUUGAAUGUAUACAUCAGAAAAUAAUCAGAAGAAAAUAAUACAUCAGAUUUAUCAAGAUACUUUUUCUCACUUUUACUUCUUCAGACAUUUCUUUCCCUGGUGCGUUGGCAUUUUUCCAUAUAAGGUUAUUUUGUCCACGUGACCAUCUCUAUCGACCGGAGUAACUUGUCCGUUUUUAUAAUAGCAGUGGGA